AUGGCAGGCCGUUUGAAGUUGCAGUUCGAGCUGGAAGCUCCUAUGUGGCGCCUGGAGGCGGCCAACCCUGCGGCUGGCAGCAAGUUGCCGUGCACGCUGCGCCUCACGCUGCCGCCUGGCUAUCCUGGCGGCGGCGGCGGCGGCUAUGGUGGUGCAGGCGACUUCGAUGCAGAGGUGGCGGCGCCCGGCUCUCUGGGCCGUGAAGCCAUGAAGGUGGUCUCCCGUCACGCCUACUGCCGCCUCUGCGAGAUGCGCUCGAAAGGUGCCGUGCGUGGCAUGGUGGACUGGGUUCAGAGUACGGAGCUGCACGAGCUGGCGGCCGCCAGCUUCCGGCCUCGCGAGCUUCGGGGAGGCCUAGUGCGCGCCUUUGUGCGGUACCACCACGUGCAGUCCACGAUGAAGAGGAGCUACAUGAACCUUUGGGCUCUCGAGCUGGGCGUCACUGCCCUGCUAUCCGCGGGUCAGCCUGCCAUGCUGCUGGCUAUCGGGCCGGAAGGGCAGCUGAAGGCCUUCCUGGACCGGGCCAUGAAGGUGGUGCAUUGGGGACCGACGCCGAGCAGGCUGGUGGCCAGUUCCAGCGUGAAGCCGGGCGAGAUGGAGUCGGCCCCCGCAGGCCAGGCGUGCUGGAGGUUGCUGAGGUCUUCCCCCGCUCAGUGCGGCCAGGCGCUGGUUACAACGGCAGGGACUGCGUGGACUUCCCUCGCCUGGCAGAGGAGCUGGGCCGCUUUCACGGGGAGGCGGCCAGGGAGCUGCAGAUGUUGGCCAAGAGCGCCUUCGCCCAUCAGGACGGCCGGGUGGAAGAGGCCCUGGACGGCGGCUGGGUCGGCUAUGCGGAGGCGGAGGCGCAGCUGGCGCCGGGAGGGGUGCUGA